AUGAUUUUUGAUCAGUGUCCCGAAGCUCGGCAGUUAUUUUCUUUCAUGAAUUUGGAUUUGAACAACUGUAAAAAGAAGAAUAACGAUUUUGUUUUUCAAGCUCUUCGCUUCAUCCAGGUUCUGGAAAGCGGUAUAAAUAGCCUAGAUGAUCUGAAAGCAUUUGAUCCAAUUUUGGAUAAUUUAGGACGAAGACACGGUAAGCUUGAAUCGAGCAGUGGCUUCCGGCUGUACUAUUGGUCAGUAUUUCUGGAAUGUUCAAUACAUCACAUACGAUUAGCACUGCUUAGUUCAAAAGCGGAUCGUUGGAAUAAUACAGAUGUAGACAAUGUGGUCAUUUUAUGGAGGCAUCUGAUUUCAGGGAUUUGUGAAAGAAUUAAGCGAGGAUAUCUAACAAAUAUAGCAGAUCGAUCAAUGUUAGAUGUUCAAGCAGAAGUAGCAUCCAGAGCGAAAUUAUCUGUGAUACCCCCGAUUCCACAACCAUCAGCCAAAAACCCAGCGAAUUUUGCACGAAUGCCUGUACACUACCAGUUCAUCAGAUGGUUGUUUUCACGUAUUCGUCGAGGUGAUUGA